UUUAUUACUUUUUUCCUACUCUGGUAAUGUCUAACGAAUCCCCCAUUGAACUUGGUUCUCCGUUUGCAUUGGCACUUUUAUGAAGCGCGUCCUGGCUUUUGCCUGGUUUAGAACAUGGCUGAGCUUGCACUUGUCCAAAAGUCUCGCAUGCUGUCUUCUUCGAAAGCAAGACGGCUUCUCCAUCUUCCCGGGCGUUUCUUGCAUCACCUCCUUACUUAUCUUGUAUUUAUGCAUAUAUGUUUAUUUCUUUUUUCUUUUCUUUUCUUUUCUUCUUUCUUUCUUUCCUUUGUCGCCUCUGAGAUGACGAUAUGUCUGUCGGAGGCCAUUUCUGCCUCGGGACAAGUGUACUAUAUGGCUCUUUGAACGAUUAAUUAAUACAUGCUUGAUAUUACCUGCUGCUGUUUAUGAAUAUAGAGUCAGAAUUUUCUUAACUUGAUGUUUUUACGUGUUGUUUCAGAUAGAGCUCGGAUAU